AUGGCGAAGAAGCAACAGGAGACCAAGCAGAAAUCUACUAGAGACAUGAAGAAGGAGCUUGAGGAAAAGGCAUUUGGAUUGAAGAACAAGAAGCAGAAGGCGGCCAUCCUAAAGCAGAUUGAAAGUCUCAAUCUUAAGGAGCAGCUGGAGAAGAAGGAGAGGAUGAAAAGGGAGGAGAAAAAGAAUGUACCUGUGAAGCAGGUGAUUCCUGUGGGUGUGGACCCAAAGACGAUCCAAUGCAUUAACUUCUUGAACAAGAUGUGCACAGAUGGAGAUGCAUGUAAGUUUGCACAUGGAGAGGUCAAGAAGGUUGAAAAGCCAAAAGAAGAAAAUGUAUCUUCGGGCCCGAGACGCAUAUGCCAGUUUCUUAUUGAUGCUUUGAAUUCCGGUGAGUACAGCAACGACUGGAAGUGCCCAUUUCCGAAGUGUAGUGACAUCCACAGGUUGGUGGACAUCAAAGAGAAUACACAAGUUGAGUUAAGUCUUGAGGAGUACAUUGAGCUAUCCAGGCAGUCCUUGCCAGAGAAACUGACACCUCUGACCGAAGAGACGUUCAAGCAAUGGAAAGCCAGGAAGCAGAAAGAGGAGAAGGAGCAUGCCAGGAAGGUUAAGGCUCUUGCAACAGGCCCAAAGGGGGUGGAGUUAUUUGAGACAAGAAGAGAACUGUUCAAGGAUGAUGAGGAAGCGGAAGAAUUAGAUUACACAGAAAGAUGUUAUUCGGAGUCGGAAGAUGAAGAAGAAGGUUCCAAAUAA